AUGUUCACCAAGGCAUUCAUUUUGUUAUUUGUCGGCGUGUGCUUCGCCAAUGGACAGUUGGCUGGUGGUAAGUUCGAAGUCGACCCAAAUGACCAAGAAAUAAGAAGCCUAUUGCAGAAAGCACUCUCUUCUAAAAACUCUAAUGCAAGCUCAGAACCUCAGAGAAUUGUGAGGGUUAUAAGUGCUGAGGGACAGGUUGUCUCUGGGAACAUAUAUACCAUCAGAUAUGUAAGUGAAGGAAUUGAUUCCGGAAUCCAAAUUCAGUGCCAGAUCAAAUUGCACAGCCAGCCAUGGGUCAGUGACACACCUAAAGUUGUCAGCAACCAAUGCGUUCCUGUUGAAACCCCCCGUUUCUAUUAA